AUGUCUGCUACGGACGAUGGACUCUUCAAGUUAGAGGCAAUCAAAAAAACCAGGGAAAAGUCAAGGCAGCUUUCAGAAGUGUCAAGCAAUCUUGCUGAUGCUGUUGGUUUCUUUGCCAAAGAAACCCUACAUAUCAAUGAGUAUGAGUCAGAAUUAGAGUUGCUUCUUAGAGAAAAGGCCUACCAUUUGGAGCAACUUCAUAUUAUCGACAAUGACCUUGCUACGGUUGAACAAACCAUUCUUGAAGCCAAAUCUGACAAAAUGAAAACCCUUAAAAUGGCUCAAAAGCUUUUCAAUGACUACAGCGAACUUCUUGUGGAGGUUAAUAGUAUUCGGGCGAGCUUAGGACUCCUAAAUUUGGAAGAUAAACGCAGUCCCGAGACCGCUGCACUAAUUCACCCUCCAGCGUCGAAGUCAGUGACUCCCCUCCAGGUCACUGUAUCUGAUACCCCUGGUGGCCCCCCGGCAUUGGAGUGUCUUAAAUCACCACAGCACUCCUAUAUUCAUCAGGAGCAUGUAGCUGCUUGGCUGUCAUCCCUCCAUCAAAACGACCCUUGUUGGACAAAACAGUGUGGGUCCGAGUUUGGUGAACUGAAUGAAUUAUUGCAAACUGAUUUGCGUAAUGCCGAAAACCGGAUGCGGUCGUCUACUCAGCCUUUUCGUCUGGACGAGCUGUCCCAGUCGGGUGUCUACCCUGCACUUCCGCCACCUUCCCAACAGCAGCCCCCCAUGAAAGCCUGUCAAGCAUGCCAGCAGCUUAUCCACCGCAAUGCCCCAAUCUGCCCCAUGUGCAAGACCAAAAGUCGGUCGCGACACCCCAAGCGACCCAAGGCCCGAAGUUCACUAACCCAGGGAACCCCCACCUCCCCACCUACUGACCAAUCAUAA